GCUACGUGCGACUCGUUUGGGUCUGUGGAAGAAGAUUUAAAUGUUGUCUCUGGGUGUUUAUUUAUUUGUUGUCCGAACAUGGAAACCGAGUGUGAGGGAGGACUUACAGAGCACUACGGAUCUUACAAAAAAGUGGUUUGAAGUUGUGCUGUGACUUAAAGUGUAAAAAUAUUCAAUGGUGAAUUCAACAAGUUCGAUACUCGUUUAACACGUGGUAUUCAACUUCAAAUAAUAAUUCAAACUCUAAGUAAAUUCAUUUUGAUACACAAGCACAAAAAGAAAGUAAAGAACUCUUAAGGUCAAUUUCUGCUCAACUACAACAAAGGGCUACUACGGUGCUGUAAGUAGUAUGAACUGCAUACGGGGCAAAUGUCGGACAAUCCAGCGCAAGGAGACCACUACACCCGGGCUGGUCUACCUAUGAAGGAAAAUCAGUUACAUUAUUUAUUCACGAUCGAACAAAAUCGAUAGCGUUCCCGUUCAGGACCUUUCUCCCUGUACCGCGUAACGAACAACGCUGAUGAUGCGUGUUAGCAUCAUGAAAACAUGGUUCCGUUCACGAGAAGGCACGCACGAACGAACGAACGGCAACACAACAACAAAACAAAUCCUAGUCGACCACAGUGAAACGGUGUGUUUACAGCACGGGCACGGGCCAACUGGUAUGUGUCCCGGCUAUUGGUAGUAGUGUAAAGAGGACCGACGGUCCUGUUUGGCCAUCCAUGCACAGGAUCAUCGGAACGGACGUAUCGUCGAUCAUCGUCGUCGGUCGUAGCUUGCGCCUCAUCGGUGACGAAAGCAGCCUGUCAGCAUCGCGAUGUGUGAGCGCGGUUGACCGAUAUGGCAGUAUUGAUUCGACAUCGGCAACUGGAACGGUUCCGGAGAAAGUCGCCGGAGAGACCGAGCGGGAUGUCCAUUACGACAUCGUGUAACGUUUCCGUGCCGACAUGCAACCCAACACAUUUAUGAAGCUACCCUGCUGCUCGUGGAAGCUAUCUCCAGUUGCAUGACGUUGGUCAAGGCAAUCGCACGUAGAGCGUCCCACCAGUGCAUUUAGGGAAACGAUUCAAACAUUUAAUGCCCGCAAUUAGAGGCUCCAUCGUAGGAGAAGCGAGUUUCCGGGUGGGAAGAUAGCAGAAACAAAUACAUUCUAUCAAUUGUGCCAAAUGGAUGUGUAACGGGUAGAGUGUGUGACAGAGUGGCCAACAGAGAGUAAAGCUCAAGUGAAGUUUGUGAACAAAUCCAGCAGGAUUUAUUGCAGUUUCUGGAAAUCUUUUCCAAGUACAUCGCUACGGCUUAUAGUGCAUUUGCCCUGAUAUAUCGCGAUAGACCCGGUACCUCAGGCUUCUAGAAGGGUGAAGCGAAAAGUCGGCCAACGCCGUGUGCUGGCUCGCGCUAGCUACAGUACAAAAUCGCAGAUGACCGUUCCCCGAUCGAUAGAUUGUAAAUGAUUUAUGCAGUAAAUGCACUCGCUCCGCCCCGAUGCGUGAAUAACGAGGGCAAAUAGAAGUGAUUGGAGUGAAAAAAAACACAAAUGCAAGUGAACCAUUCCUAACAGGAAAGGAGUAGUGGUCGUUCACCAGGUUUUUGCUGCCAUGUGUUUCAAUUGCACGUCAGUGAAAGAAAAAGCCUAGUACAUGUGCAUCUUGUCCUUAGUGCCUGCAACGACUACAAACGAAACUCUCGGUGCAGUUUGAUUAGUAAUGAGUGCAAGGCAAAGAUCGCAUAGUUGUAGAGAUUCACGUGCCUCUAUUGACGCCUCUCGGAGCUCUGCUCGCCUGUGUAACGGAGGCCCAGCGCUCAUGAGGCCACGCACUAACAGCCCCGAAGAUUCAGUAGCCGUAGCAGUAUCGUAUUAUAGUGCCACAAAACUAUUACCGAACUCCAUCGAAGCUCGCGAUCAGCAUUUUGAAACACGAAACGAUUCGUCUACUCUCGACGGCCACACACCACUCACAGAUCCCGCUGAAAGUCACCGAUCGCCUAACACGGUCCUGUCGCGCAUGGCUACCAAUAAGCUGGCAGAAGGUGUCGAGCAUUUGAACCACUUUCCCGACCCGGAUGACGUCGGAGGUAGCUUCGAUGUGCUGUUGCCAAACUGUAUUGUGCAACAGGGACGGUCGUACGGUGAGGAAUCUAGAGCGGACAGGCAGAAUCCGUGUUCUAGGGCGACACAUUCCAGUCCGGCUGGUAAACCUCGGAGCCGCCGGUACAGUCAGGACUCGUGUGCCCCCGUUUACGAACGGCUAUCCGUUGCGGGGUUCGUUAAAAAUGGCAUGAUUAGCGAUAGUUGCCAAAAUAUUAAGCAGAUGGCCCACCAACAGCACCAAGCGCUCAUGCGACAUAGUACGGACAAUUUGAGAUCUAUUAAUAACUACCAGGGGGGAGCUAUCACCGUCGGUGAGCUAUACCACAACCGCGAACCUGUCGAAAUGGCAACGUCGGUUGGCAUCGGUACGGCAGUGGGCAACGAACUGACCAAUCACGGUUCCAAGACAAAAUACUUCAUGCAUCGCAUGACGGCCCAAGACUUGGGCAGCGGUCUCGAACCGUCCUCCUCGCAGGACAGUACAGCCUCACCGAGCUCCACCAUUCUGCCGAAGUCAGUAGAAACCGUGGUGGACACUGACCCGACCACCACUACCACCACCAACAAUGGCUAUGCCACGGCAAUGGUGAAUGGGAGCGUUUCGAGCGCCAGUCCGAAGGAUACAAGCUUCAUUGAUAAAUUACCUCCGCUGGAAGACAUUAUGGAAAGCCCGAUGCUAAAGACGCCGGUCGAGAAGUGGCUCCAGACCGAGGAUCGGCUGUCCCGUGAAGAAGGCCCUCUGCCGUAUGGUCCCGAGGAGCCCAGCCGUAGUCCCGACCUUUACAGCAAUCUCUUUGGUCCGAAGAUAAGUGCCAGUGAAAACAUUCCCGGCACACCCAUGGACACACCGGACAUCGUUUCCGAGUUCAACAAAAGCUUCAAUUCCAGCACCACGAGCAUCAUCAACGAGCGGCGACGAUCGUCCUCGAAGUUGCUUGGGCUUGGUGGGGCCGACCGGAACGAUCCGGUCACAGUCGGCGGCGGUACGCACAGUUCGCUCAGCGAUCAACCUAUCGGCGGUACUGCACCGGGUGGCCAAAGUUACGGGGGUUCCCUCGGGAAGGGAAGCCUACGAAAUCUGCUCAAGCUACGCAAGGCUUCCGACCAGUCCCAGGACACCAGGCGUUCCAGUCAGCAGGAUAAAGAGGGCCUGGAUCCAGAGUCUCUGAUGUUUCGCGACGGUCGCCGGAAGAUAGACAUGAUGCUGUGCUACGAAGAGGACGAUCAAGGUGUGAUGACCGAGCUGGAAGCUUUGAAGCGUCACCAACGCAAACUGUUUCAGGAAAACCUCAUCCGCGAAGGCCUAGAGUUUGAGGUGGAGGACAAAGCGCAGGCGUUCGAUGGGAAAACGUUUUUCGUCAAAAUUCACAUUCCCUGGCGGACGGAGUCACGCUACGCGGAAGUGAUGAAUUUGAAGCUGCCGGUAAAACGGUUCAUUACAAUCAGUGUCAAGGAAGAGGAAACUGCCCUCCGUCGGCAGCAAAACAGAAUUUUGAGCUACUGGAACCGACUGAUGUCCAUGACCGAGUACAACCAUGGCCGAAUCGAAAAGGAGCCAUCCUUCUACUCGGCCACGGCAAAUGGAAAUCCGGAGGAGCAGUUUAUUGUGAAGGACCGCUGCACAUCUUACACAAGCGCCCAACGUAGCUUGAUCGUUAUGCAAAUCCUGAUGAGGACGCGUUUCGACGAAACGGAAAAGGUGAACAACGUUGGCAUUCGCCGACUACUUAACGACGGUACCUAUCUGGCCUGUUUUCCGCUGCACGAGGGACGCUACGAUAAGGAUCAUUCGUCUGGUGCUCUAUUCGAUCGCCGGCUGCUGUACCUGGAGUGGGCCCGUCCGAUCAAGUGGUACAAGAAACAGCCGCUCUGUCUAGUGCGUAAAUAUUUUGGAGACAAAAUUGCACUGUACUUCUGUUGGCUCGGAUUCUACACCAAAAUGCUGUAUGCUCCGGCUAUAGUUGGGCUGUUUUGUUUCCUGUACGGGCUCGCAUCGAUGGACUCGAGCGAUAACAUUCCGACGAAGGAAAUCUGUGACGAGAAUGGGCCCGGCAAAACGAUUCUGUGCCCGCUGUGUGAUCGAGCCUGCAGCUAUCAGCAGCUGCACGAGUCGUGCUUCUUUGCCCAGCUCACCUAUCUGUUUGACAAUCCGUCCACCGUGUUCUUUGCGAUCUUCAUGUCCUUUUGGGCGACCACCUUUCUAGAGCUGUGGAAACGGAAGCAAUCGGUACUGGUGUGGGAAUGGGAUCUGCAGAACAUCGAAAAUGAGGAAGACAUGCGACCCGAGUUCGAAACGACCGUUAAAACGUUCCGCAUUAAUCCGGUGACGCGCGAGAAGGAACCUUACAUGCCAACGUGGACUCGGGCCGUGCGUUUCGUAGCUACAUCUAGUGCCGUCUUAUUCAUGAUUUCUGUCGUCCUUGGUGCCGUGCUGGGAACGAUCAUCUAUCGAAUAUCACUCGUUUCGGUCAUCUACAGCGGAGGAGGAUCGUUUUUCCGUACGCAUGCCAAACUAUUUACCACCAUGACCGCUGCACUUAUCAAUCUUAUCAUCAUCAUGCUACUUACUCGGAUUUACCACAAGUUAGCUCUCUACCUAACGAACAUGGAAAAUCCACGCACGCAGACAGAGUACGAAGAUUCGUACACGGUGAAAAUAUUCGUAUUUGAGUUUAUGAACUUUUACAGUUCGCUCAUCUACAUAGCAUUCUUCAAGGGCCGGUUUUACGACUAUCCCGGUGAUGAUGUGGCGAGAAAGAGUGAAUUUCUACGGUUGAAAGGUGAUAUUUGCGAUCCGGCUGGCUGUCUGAGUGAACUUUGCAUUCAGCUGGCCAUCAUCAUGGUGGGCAAACAGUGCUGGAACAACUUUAUGGAGUAUUUUUUCCCUGCCUUUUACAAUUGGUGGCGUCAGCGGAAACACAAGCAGCUUACGAAGGACGAAACACACCUGCAUAUGGCAUGGGAGCAGGACUACCAUUUGCAGGACCCUGGAAAGUUGGCCUUGUUUGAUGAGUAUCUGGAAAUGAUCGUUCAAUACGGAUUCGUAACGCUGUUUGUAGCUGCCUUCCCGCUGGCACCUUUAUUUGCGCUGCUGAACAACAUUGCAGAAAUUAGGCUAGACGCAUAUAAAAUGGUAACGCAAUCACGGCGUCCGCUAGCUGAACGAGUGGAAGACAUUGGUGCUUGGUAUGGUAUACUGAAAAUCAUAACCUACACCGCUGUCGUGUCAAACGCCUUCGUUAUCGCUUACACUAGUGACUUCAUUCCGCGAAUGGUUUAUAAGUACGUUUACUCACCACAAUUCUCAUUGCACGGGUAUAUCGAGCACUCGCUUUCGACUUUCAACACCUCGGACUACAAAGAGGAGUGGGGCACUAAGACGGAAUCGGACCCGGACACCUGCCAGUACAGAGGUUAUCGUAACGGCCCGGAUGCCGACGAGCAGUACGGCCUAAGUCCUCACUAUUGGCAUGUGUUUGCGGCGCGUUUGGCGUUUGUCGUGAUAUUCGAGCACAUUGUGUUCGUGCUGACCGGUAUCAUGCAGUUCAUCAUACCCGAUAUACCGAUCGAGGUUAAGACGCAGAUGCAACGCGAACAGCUGCUAGCGAAGGAAGCCAAAUAUCAGCACGGGUUGAAGAAAUCGCGUGAAACGGAUUACGAAGAGAUUCUGCACACGCUGCGCGAGCAAAGCAACAACAGCAGGCAAGGAAUGCGUGGCAGCUGGGCACGUCGUCUAAGUAGGCUCAGUGAUGGACUCGAUGCACAUGUGGAAGUUCCAAACCGACCAAGACACUCGUUAGAAUCCACGGUAUGGGAGGUUACCUAGCAUUAGCUUCUGGUGCCGGACCAUUGAA